AUGCCGGAAGAGGCGAACCGGCUGAUGUCCAGGGCUAGAGUAGCAACAUCGGACGACAAUGGCGGGGCAUCACUCGCAGAGCUUGGGUUUCAGAUCCUGAACUGGCAACCAGCUGUCAGCUCUGGCACCUAUGGCUUUGAGAAGCUCAGCUCCGGCUGUAUUCACGGGCUCUCCAAGAACGCCGCAAUCAUGACAUUUUCCACUGUGCCCGGCACAUACCGCCAAGAGGUCAGGGAACGACUGGAUGAGGAAUUCGGUCGUCCCGAUAUUCUCUUGCUCGACUGGUCAGUAUCGAGCGGCACUUCCGGAGCCGCUUACGAUACGCUCACGGUCUUUGCCUGUGAUACUGAUGAGGGGAUGGCACUCGUUGAUCCCGUCCUCUAA